UUCCUCACAAUUCAAAUUUUCACCAUUCUCACAAUUUUGUUUCCCGGAUUUUUUCAAGCCUCAUUUUUCUCACUCACAAAACGUCAGAUUCUAGAAUGCAACACAAUGGCUUCUUCAGCAGCUGCCAAUACCCUCUUGUCUUCAUCGUACUACAGAUUUGUGUACUUUAACAUUCGAGGAGCCGGCGAGGUUUGCCGAUUGACACUGUCCUUGAGUGGUGUUCCUUGGGAGGACGUCCGAUACCCCAUUUCACUGGCAUCCCACGGUUUUUCUCCUGGCAAAGAGUUUCGGCGAGAUGCCUCGACGGGUGCUUUUGACAUCAACAUGGGAUCACUUCCCUUGUUGCAAAUUGUGGGUCGUGACAAUAACAACAAUAGUAACAAGACUGUAGUGAUGGAGACUUUGGGUCAAUCGCAUUCUAUUGCCAAGUUUGUGGCGACUCAACACGGACUGGCGGGACGAGAUGUUCUGGAGCAAGCCAAGAUGGAUGCCAUUUACGAGAACUGCCGCGAUGUGAGGGCGGCUUGGUUUCGAGCUAGGAGAGACAAAAAUGGCAAGGCAGCUUGGUUCUCUGCCACUGGGGGAAAUGAUGACGACCGUGAUCAGCCAAAAUCUCUGUGGGAGCACUGCCAAAGACUCGAAAAGGCAGUGGUGGCAACGGACAAUUCAAGCGAUAGUAGAAGUCCAUGGUGUUUGGGAGGACCAAGUCCCACUCUGGCAGAUGUUGCCAUUUAUCAUCUGCUUGCCACACCCAAACCUUCGGUGGUGACUGGGUCAGUUGCCAGUUUCUUUGAUGGAGAGACUGACCGCGUGCAGCAAGCCUAUGUGGACGAUUGUCCCAGAUUGGCAGAAUGUGUGAGAGCAUUGGGAGAGGUUCCUGCCAUUCAAGAAUGGGAAAAGAAACGACCGGAAACCUUCAAUUAGCUAGCUCUAGAGGUAGGUAGCAAAAAGCUUUGGUCGCUCUGCUGUGGCAUGAUACGCUGUCGUCCCAAGUAGAAAACAGUCUACGUCUGGUUUUGGUCACCAUCUCUGCAUCGGAGUAGAAGGUUGGACUCAAUGGGUCGACCCAUUACAUGUACGUACUCCCAGCGGGUUAGUUGAGACUCGAGGUUUGAACCAUGGUUGAAAGCUGGGAAAGUCGCUACAAUAGUAUUUGAAUUUUCCAGCUAGGCUACAUCCCAGUCAGUCCACCAGAAGCUGGUGUCUCUCUCGAGCUCUAAUGUCUGUUGCUUGCACCCUAUUUGCAUGCUCU